ACAAUUUCGAUUUUAGACUUCAGUUUUCACGGCCAAUGUCGUUUUAAAUGUUGUGUAGUUAUCUUCUUAGUACCGAAUAAAUUAUAAAUAUUCACGAACAUUACAUUUAAUAAAUGACACAGACAACCUCUUGGAUUAAUAAUUGUUUUUUCGUUUUAUUAGACACUUUCGUCGCCAGUUUGAGGGAACUUUGUCCUAGAUAGAGUAGUUGGCUAGUGAAAGUGGUUGGCGCGCAUCAUAAAAUUUUAAAAAUGAAUUCGUGUACAAGAAUGUGGAAGAUAUGGAAUGGGCUUACUAGAACUUUACCCAAACCUAUAAAAAAAUAUCCUUUAGCUAAGCUGUGCAGUAGCAUGAGCACCAAUGCAUCAAUACCAGAAUACAAACGAGAAAUGGAAACAUUUCAAGACGUAUAUCCUAGUAUUAUUGAGACCAUAAGCAAAAAUCCAGGCCUUCAUGAUAACCCAGAUGUUAAUGCAUGGAUAAAAAAGUUGUUAGACUACAACUUGCACGGUGGUAAAAAAUCCAGAGGCUUGGCAACUAUAUUUGCAUACGAGAUGCUUGAGAAGCCACAAAAUAUUACUCAAGAAUCUCUUCGCUUAGUAAGAGUUCUGGGAUGGUGUGUAGAGAUGUUACAAGCAUACUUCCUGGUAAUGGACGAUAUUAUGGACGCGUCGUUAACGCGAAGGGGAGUUCCAUGUUGGUACCGUCUACCCGAGGUCGGUAUGGGCGCAAUCAACGAUUGCAAUUUAGUCCAGGCCGCUAUGUACAAUGUAUUAAAGCAAUAUUGUGAAAAAUUACCUACAUAUAACAAUAUUGUGCAUCUGUUCAAUGAGACGUUAUUCUAUACGGCCAUAGGCCAGCACUUGGACUUUUCUAUGGCACACAGAGUGAAAAGCGAUUAUAGUCUGUUCACACCCGAACGGUACAGUGCUAUCGUGACCUAUAAAACCGCAUACUACACGUUCAAAAUGCCGGUGUUUUUGGGAAUGCUUGUGACGGAAGAUGUACCGCGGCACACACAUCAGACGGCCGAGAAGCUAUGUUUGGAUUUAGGUUAUUUAUUUCAAAUGCAGGACGACUACAUAGACUGUUUCGGUGCUGAGCACCUAACAGGCAAAGCAGGAACCGAUAUCCAAGAAGGGAAAUGCUCAUGGCUGGCCGUCCAAGCUUUGCAACGAUUAUCUGAACCGCAGCGCAAAGUGUUCAUAGCGUGCUAUGGAAGCCACGAACCAGCCCAUGUCGAACGAGUAAAACGACUCUACCAAGAACUUGGUAUAUCAGAACUAUACCGGCGAGAAGAAAAACAACGAUACGAUGCGAUAGUCCAACGCUCGCAAACAUUCCUUCCUGAUUCAGGGAAUAUGCCUGAUUUGUUCAUGAAACUGCUAGAACUAACUUAUGAUAGAAAGAAAUAAUUUUGCAUUUUUGAAACUACCCUCAGUUACGGCCUAUAUUGGCAUAGUGUUGUUGUCAUCGUUUUCGAAUACAUAAUCAAAACGAAAAU